AUGUCCACCCCGUCCACGGCCACUGCAACGCAUCCUUCCCACCCCCAGGCUUACGGAUACCCUCACCGUCCCCCUUACCCACCGAACUCUUCAUACGCAGCAUCGACAACAACAGCCCCACGCAUCGCGAAUCCCUACGGUUAUUCCGUCCCCUCGCCAACGACAACCGCCAGCGCCCUCCCAUACACGCAGACCCCGAGACUGCCUCCAGCGCCCUCGACGCCCUCCGCCAUGACCCAUCAGAGCGGUUCCAGCGCGGCUCCCUCGCUGGGAACCCGCAAGAAGCAACCUGACUGGUCCGAAUUCUAUAAAAAUGGGAUUCCCAAGGAAGUCAUUGUGAUCGAGGACAGUCCCGGCCCAGAGUCUUCCAAUGGCGCACCCGCUCCUCCCGCGCAUGCAUCAACCAGGCCAGCCCCUUCGGCUCCUCAACCCGCCGGCAAGAAGCGUCGCACCGGGAUCGAAACCGCCUACGACCUCGGUCACUACGACCGACCGUCCUUCUCCAUCAACCCUCAGCAAUACGGCGAAACCUCCUCCAACACCUCAUUAUCCACCGACCGAACCGCCUCCCUGCACACCACGGCCCCGACCUCACUCGGAUCACAGGGCAGUGCUGGGGCGAGCAAUGGCGCCUACCACGACGAAACCGCUAUCGGUCAAAAGCGGAAACGCGUGGCGACGCGGAAAUCCACUCGCGACGAGCAGAAACGCCGAGAGAUGGAGAUCACGGGCCCAUAUGAGUUAUAUGUGCCGCCUCCCAAGCCUCCGAUCAAGGCCAAGGAUGUUCCUGUGCCAGUUGUCCGCGAUUCAACGAGCGCUCAGAACAAGAAGUUUGACGAUGAUGACGGUCACUAUAUCGUCACUCCUGAUACGCCAUUGACUGAUCGAUACUCUGUGGUCAAAUUGCUUGGCCAAGGUACAUUCGGAAAGGUAGUUGAAGCCUGGGACAGACAGCGCAAGUCUCGUUGUGCCGUCAAGAUCAUCCGAUCAAUUCAGAAAUAUCGCGACGCUUCCCGCAUUGAGUUGCGAGUACUGUCAACUCUCGCUUCCAACGACAAACCCAACCGCAACAAAUGCAUUCACCUCAGGGAUUGCUUUGACUUCAGGAACCACAUUUGCAUCGUGACCGAUCUGCUGGGACAGAGCGUCUUUGAUUUCCUCAAGGGCAACGGAUUCGUGCCAUUCCCCAGCAGUCAGAUCCAGCAAUUUGCCCGCCAGCUGUUCACGAGUGUUGCAUUCCUCCACGACCUCAACCUUAUUCACACCGAUCUUAAACCCGAAAACAUCCUCCUCGUCAGCAACGCCUAUCAAACCUUCACUUACAACCGCACAAUCCCCUCUUCCUCCCAUGCCACAAACCGCAAUGCCCGGCAACGCCGAGUUCUCCUCGACAGUGAGAUCCGACUGAUUGAUUUCGGCUCGGCGACGUUUGAUGACGAAUACCACUCCUCCGUCGUGUCUACUCGCCACUACCGCGCGCCUGAAAUCAUCCUGAAUCUCGGCUGGAGCUUCCCCUGCGAUAUUUGGAGCAUCGGCUGUAUUCUGGUGGAAUUCUUCACCGGAGACGCUCUCUUCCAGACACACGACAACCUCGAACAUCUAGCAAUGAUGGAGGCUGUCAUUGGCACGCGAAUCGACACUUCGCUGGUCAAGAAGGUCAUGGUAGGCAGCCGAAGUGGCGGCACCAACUCGGCCUCCAAAAUCGACUACCCCAACACUGAAACCACCCGGGCCUCACGGAAGUAUGUGCGUGCCAUGAAAUCCUUGACCGAAUUUAUCCCCACCAACACGCCAUUCAGUCGGUCAUUCCUGGACCUGCUGCAAAAGAUCUUCGUAUACGACCCGAAGAACCGAAUCACCGCCAAAGAGGCCCUGCAGCACCCCUGGUUCAAGGAGUCGCUCGUCGACGACGGCACCGAGGCCUAUAGAAUCGGCCAGGGACUCCAACGUCAGGCCCACCAGCUCAAAGGAUAG